AUGCUGAAGAAGAAGAAGAAGAAGAAUAAGGAUGGAAACCAUUGCACUCAUGUAACAGUUUUAACGCGUGAGACUACUCAUGCCAACAUUUACUUAAAGAAUGAAGAAGGUGUAAGGAGCUGCUUCUACCUCGAGAAGAGUGGUGGAGAAUGGAAACAGACUACCGGGAAGGAGUUCUAUGACCGACUCCACUCCGUGGUCAAGAGGAAUGAAGACUUUGAUCAUGUGACUUUGAACAUUAGUAAAACUCAUGAUCCGAGAGUCUUCUACGUAAACAAGACGCCAGAGUUCCCCUUUGCAGUCUACGCUGCCAAUAGUAAAUGCAGGAUCAAAAAGAUAAAGAAUGGAUGGACUACCACAAUUUGGAAGGACAGGGCCAAGAAUAAGGGCUGCAUGUAUGUCUCAUUCUAUCCUAGAGAAAGUCCAAAGUGGACUUACCUACUCUUUCUAAAUUCGGAUGGUUUCAGGGAGGAGUUUCUGGGUAAAACAGGCAUCCUUGGAAGAUGGAAUAUUAAGACAAGAGAGGAAUACCUGGAGGGAAUAAGGAAAGCCGGAUUUAAUGAGUCCACCUUUAACAAUCACAUUACGAUGGACCUCUCAAAACCGAGUGAUUCAUUCCACACACACUCUUACAUUGCCGGCAGCUGUUCAGAACGAUUAUUUACUCCACUUCCAGGUUUUCUUCUCACCAGUGUUAUAGAUGGCAGGAAUGCAGUAUGGACGGCAAAGGACGGAGAGUAUUGCACCUAUGCCGAUGUGUUUUAUUAUAAUGACAAAGUCAUGACCAUGUAUCUUCUCACAAAAGGUCCAAAGGAUGACCGUAGAAUUUUGUAUUUUGCCAAGGUCGGUAAGGAAUGGGUUAGCGUAGACAAAGAAGACUACCUUUCCGUAACUUCCGGUAAUGACCCUCUGGCUCCACCCAAAGAGGUUGUCCAUGAAUUGACCAUGAGUAGUUUUAGGAAUAGGCAAGGCCUUAGACUCACAAGUUACGCCUCCAGAGUAGAAAACGCCAAAGCGGACAUCAUUUUAUCUCAUGGAAUCCGCUCGCAUUUCAAAUCGGAAUUUUGUAGAUUUAACCAAACUUGGAUCUUUGAGCAUUUCGACUUUCCCACCUGCCCAUCGGCAAGUCCUCUGGGCGGUUACAGGGCUCCUAUGCCUAGUGAUGUGGAAAGAUACAGACACACAUUUGAGAACCCAGAUGUGGAGGGAGAAGACGUUGUUAAUACUUCCCCAAGAUACGGAUAUGAAGGCAGCCUGGUGGAAUGCCUAAAUAGGCUCGGCUACAAUGUCUAUGGAUUUGACUUGCAGUCUCAGGGUCUCUCUGAAGCCAUCAGUGACUUUAAGUGUUGUGCCGAUGAUUUCAAGGAUUAUGCCUAUGAUGUGCUUCAGUUUAUUAGUAUUGUCAAAAGAGGCAAGUUUAGUGACUCCUCUGAAGAGUGGAAUGAUAAGGCAGUCUUCAAUAGUCACGAUACGGAGAGAAAGGUGCUGUUAUUUGGUCAUUCCAUGAGUGGUAACGUUGUCAUUCAGGCAGUUCAAGAGUUUUACAGGAAUGCAAAAGGAGGAGCGAGACUUGUAGAUGGUCUCAUUAUCACUUCUCCAAUGCUAAACGUCGACUGCAUCUUUAGCGGAUCAAUUAAAAGGUUCUUCUCCCUUUUAUUCCUCGGCUUUAUUGCGUGGUAUAAGCCGAAUGACAGGAAUGCGUAUGAAGAUGUUCUGAGACUUGGGGAGUCGUUUAGCAACUUUUCGAGGUACUAUGACCCCUUCUUUUUUCAGAAAGGAACCUAUACAAGGUGA